AAUGGUUGCCCCUUUUGUUCAAGCGAGUUCCUGAAUUAUUCCCAACACAAUGAAAUGAUCGGGAUAGUAUAUGGUUUCAUCAAAACAUUUCACUGUACCUACGCUUCCCGGGAUCUCAUCUGGGAUCAUCUAAUGAAUUAAAAAUCGAUCUACAACCCUUCUGAGCUGCUGUGAGGUUUCCGACGCACGCAGUCUUGAGGAACGUGGAGUAAUGUAAACGUGAACACCAUCUGUCCCAGCAGUGGCUGUUGGCACAAUGGGGCUGGACUUUGAUGUAAAGACAUUCUGUCACAAUCUGCGGGCCACAAAGCCCCCUUAUGAGUGCCCCGUGGAGACUUGCCGUAAGGUCUACAAGAGCUACAGCGGCAUCGAGUACCACCUUUACCACUAUGACCAUGACAACCCAACCCCUGCGCAGACUGUGCCCCAGAAGAAGAGGAAGGGACGGCCUCCUCGUGCCUCGCUGGCUGGCUCAGGGGAUACAGACGACGGCGGAGGCAACGGGGGAGGAGGAGGAGGACCGGGUCAUGGGGGGAACACACCUGGUAGCCCCAACCGGUCGGAGCGCUCCCACUCUCCAGGGAGGGAGACCAUGACUUACGCCCAGGCGCAGCGCAUGGUGGAGCUGGAGAUUCAAGGGCGCAUUCACCGCAUCAGCAUCUUUGAGAACAUUGACGUGGUGUCAGAGGAGGACAGUGAUGCAGAGGAUGCUCCACCGUCUGGGACUGGUAGCAGCGGUGGAGGGGUGUGCAACGGCAAUGACGGCGGCGCUGGGGGUAGCGAGGUAGGCGGCAGUGGCAAGGACCGCUCGGAUAUCCCAUCUUCGAAUGGGGGCAAAGCCACUCCAAAGUCUGGCAAGCAUAAGAGUAAAGAGAAGAAGAAGGACGGUUCAUCGCAUCACCACAGUGCUCAGUCUGGUCCUGCAGUCAAGCUCCCUGAGGCGGUGUUCAGAGAACUGGACCAAGAAAGACCUGAUGCCCCUCCUCGGCCGUCAUCGUACUACAGGUACAUUGAUAAGUCUGUGGAGGAGCUGGAUGAGGAGGUUGAGUAUGACAUUGACGAGGAGGACUACAUAUGGCUUGACAUCAUGAACGACAAACGGCGGCGUGACGGCGUGACACCCAUCCCUCAGGAGGUCUUUGAGUACCUAAUGGACCGCUUAGAGAAGGAGUCCUACUUUGAGAGCCACAACAAGGCCGACCCCAGCACCUUAAUCGAUGAAGAUGCUGUCUGCUGCAUCUGUAAUGACGGAGAGUGUCAAAACAGCAACGUGAUCCUGUUUUGCGACAUGUGUAAUCUGGCAGUACACCAGGAGUGCUAUGGUGUCCCUUAUAUCCCAGAGGGCCAGUGGUUAUGUCGUCGCUGCCUGCAGUCACCGAGCAGAGCUGUGGACUGUGCACUGUGUCCUAACAAGGGAGGCGCUUUCAAACAGACAGACGACGCACGCUGGGCUCAUGUAGUGUGCGCCCUCUGGAUCCCAGAGGUCUGCUUUGCAAACACAGUCUUCCUGGAGCCAAUCGAUAGCAUCGAGCACAUCCCUCCUGCACGCUGGAAGCUCACCUGCUACAUCUGCAAACAGCGCGGCUCAGGCGCCUGCAUCCAGUGUCACAAAGCCAACUGUUACACUGCUUUUCACGUCACCUGUGCCCAGCAGGCAGGCCUCUAUAUGAAAAUGGAGCCUGUCAGAGAGACUGGGGCCAACGGCACCUCUUUUAGCGUCCGCAAGACGGCGUACUGUGACAUCCACACGCCCCCAGGAUCAGCUCGACCUUUGGGAGGAGUAGGUGGAGCCAGCAUGGGGUCGUCUCACAGCGAUGGAGAGCUGGAGGAGGACGAUGAGCCCAGCAUCGGCCACGAUGAUGACUCCAAGGGCUGGAGCUCUGAACGAGUGAAGAGGGCAAAGGCCAAAUCCAGGCUGAAGAUGAAAAGAGCGAGAAAAAUCUUAGCCGAGAGGAGAGCUGCUGCACCAGUGGUCUCGGUGCCCUGCAUACCUCCCCACAGGCUCAGCAAAAUCACCAGUAACUUAACAGUACCCAGGAAAAGCCAGUUCAUGCAGCGACUUCACAGCUACUGGACGCUGAAGAGGCAAAGUCGCAAUGGUGUGCCACUAUUGCGGCGGCUUCAAACCCACCUUCAGUCACAGCGACAUAUUGACCCGCUCCCACCGCAGCCUUCAUCGCAGCUUCCUUCGAGGGACAGUGAGGAGAAACAGUCGGCUUUAAAGGAGCAGCUUAAGGCAUGGCAGAGACUGAGACACGACCUGGAAAGAGCGAGGUUACUGGUGGAGCUCAUCCGCAAGAGGGAAAAACUCAAGAGGGAAACGAUUAAAGUGCAGCAGAUGGCGCUCGAGAUGCAGCUGACUCCCUUCCUGGUGCUGUUGAGGAGUACGUUGGAACAGUUACAGGAAAGAGACACUAACAAUUUUUUUACUGAGCCUGUGCCGCUGGCAGAGGUGCCAGACUACCUGGACCACAUUGACACUCCGAUGGACUUUCAGACGAUGUGGAACUUGCUGGAGUCCCAUCGCUACCUCACUUUUGAGGCCUUUGAGGCCGACUUCGGUCUCAUUGUCAACAACUGCCUAAAAUACAACGCCAAGGACACGGUUUUUUACCGCGCUGCCCUGCGUCUCAGAGAGAUGGGUGGGGCCGUCAUCAGAACGGCCAGGCGGCAUGCUGAACGGAUAGGUUUCGACUACGAGACCGGUAUGCACCUGCCUCGAGAGCCAAGUCCAGAGAGUCAACGGGACCAAGAGAGAGAAAGAGAACGGGAGCGAGACAGGGAGAGAGAAAGAGAAAGAGACCGGCCAUUAUCUUCCAAUGAAGAUGACCUGCUCCUGCCAGAGAACAGGCGGCGGCUACCGCUGGAAGAGCAGCUGCACUACCUGCAUGCACGUCUCGAUGAGGUGAGCUCGGGAAGGCACAGCAUCGGUCAGUCUCGCAGGGCCAAAGCUCUGAGAAAGGAGAUCAGCGUGAUCAAGAGGAAGCUUGCACACCAGCGGGAGGGAGGCUCCGGCAUGGGGGGCCGGGAGUCCGUGGGCGGAGGAGACCGGGGUUCUUCCCUUCCUCAUCACUCAUCGUCUGCGGGACACCACGAUGAGGGAGGAGAGAGCAGCAGCCAGGAGAUUGGUGGAAAGGAUCUCAGUGUGUCAUCGUCUGCGCUGGCUCCAGAGGUGGGCCGGCGGACAUCCGUCCUCUUCUCUAAGAAGAACCAAAAAAUGGCUGGACCCCCUAAAAGGCCAGGCCGUCCCCCCAAAAACAGGGACGCAGGUUACGCCGGGGCAGGGGUGAGCCAAAGCCCUAUCGGACCCCCUCAGCUGCCCCUACUGUCACAAAGCAGGCAGAGGAAGAGGCCUCGAAGCCCCCAUACCAGCUCCAGCUCUGACAGUGACAGCGACAAUGACGACCUGCUGCCAGGUUUGCCAAGUAAUGGUUUUGACACAGGAAACCAGCCAGUAACGGAAAGCUUCCGUGUGUACAGAAAUGAACCUCGUCUCCCUCGCUCAAGCUCAGACUCUGAGUCCACAACCAGCAGCAGCAGCAGUGCAGCUUCUGACAGAACCAGCACAACUCCUUCUAAGCAGGGCAGAGGGAAGGCCUCGUUCUCUCGCUCCGCCUUCCAGGAGGACAGCAGUGAGGAAACAUCAGGCACUGAAAAUGAUUCCUACUCAGUUGGAGGGUCACGGAGCGUUUCACACUUGGUGCGUGGCCGGGACAGGUCAGGAUGCUGGAUGACAUCUGAUGAUUAUUCUUCUCUGGAAGCUCUAGACCUGGUGUGGGCCAAGUGCAGAGGGUAUCCUUCAUAUCCGGCUCUGAUAAUUGAUCCAAAGAUGCCCAGGGAGGGGGUGUUCCACCGGGGUGUUCCAAUCCCUGUUCCCCCUUUGGAUGUGCUGAAACUAGGGGAACAGAUGACCCAGGAAGCCAGAGAACACCUGUUCCUGGUUCUUUUCUUUGACAACAAGAGAACUUGGCAGUGGCUGCCACGCUCAAAGCUGGUGCCGCUCGGCGUGGACCAGGAGCUGGACAAGGAGAAGAUGCUGGAGGGCAGGAAAUCCAAUAUCCGCAAGUCAGUGCAGGUGGCCUAUCACCGUGCCAUGCAGCACCGUAGCAAGGUGCAGGGAGACCCCAGCAGCGAAACUAGUGACAGUGACUGAAAUCAAACAUGCACGCACUCAAACCUUAUGUGUUGGUCCUUGCAAUUGUAGUGGAGUUUAUGUUUCUCUCUAGAGAGCCCAGCCCUACAUCAUAGAUUACAAGAAAACAGUGCCAGUAGCAAAGUGUGGGAGAAAAAAAAGAAAUCAUCCACUACUUUGGCCCCCAAGAUAAACACACUCAUGCACACUAAGCCGUAUUUAAUCCGACAUGUAAAAUAUUGUAUUUAAGAGAAGUGAAAAAAAAUGGUAUUGAUAAUAAUGAUGGGGAAAAAAAAGUAUGCUAUGUUCAGAAUCAUGAAUUAAAAAUUCUCUUGUAUGUGGUCGAUAUGUGUUUAAAUAACAACAGAGAUAAUGGUUUACAGCCUCAAAAAAUGAACAUAGUACUACACUAUUGUGCACACUCAACUCAACCGUUUCCUGUCGUUCUCACACAUACAGUCACAUGUGCUAUCUUACAUUGGAACAGGAAAAUGCAUGCAGUGUACAUUGAAUGCACACACUGCGGGUAUGGCUGUGAAUGCCAUCGCCCCAGCACGUCUUCUUCACGUCCAUCACCACCUCUCUGAAAGAUAAACAAAACAAAGGAAAAAAAAAAACCAGGCCUGGUGCUAGUGUCAUUUGUCAGAGCAGCACAAACAGAGACUGUUGCGGCCUGAAUUGUGGGCAAACCAAUGUUACUGUAAUUUAUUCUUCUGACUCCUCAUUUACAAGAUCCACAAGCUCGUUUCAAUUUGGACUACGUCUAAUCACUCUGGCUGCACAAGACAUCAUUGUGUGGUGCUUCUUCAUUUGUCAGUCUGUGUUUUAUCACCUGUUUUUACGGUUUUGUUAACAUAUGUACGUGUCACACAGGCCAUUGGUCAAUGAAUAAUGUCUUAGUCUCAGGCUGAUGGCUUUAGAUCUUUUAUAAAUACAGAUUGCAUAAAGAUAGAACUUUAAUAAAAAAAAAGAAUUGAGUUUUUUAAA